UCUCCAGAUGUGUUCUGUGCUCUGGUUGUCUCUGGGAUCUGUGAUAAUGAAAUGAUGAAAUUAACUUGUUAUUUUGUUAUCUUCAAAUUAUCUGAAGGAAGAAGGGAAUAUAUAUGUAAUUCAAAUUGAAUAAGUGCCUUCUAUUAAAAGGUGGAGAUGAAACUUAUUAUUCAAUUCAAUGUAUACAUAUAAUUAAUGAGAACUAACAAAAUUAAUUUGAAUAAACGUUCACUCGAUUAAAAAUGCUUCAUUGCAUACUAACAAUCUCUGUACUGCUAUCUCUUUUACUUUCGGUGCAUGGUCUUCUAGGAAAUGAGUGCAACAUUUAUGAUCUGAGAAGUGAACUAUGUGGCGAAUUGGAAAUAUGUGAUGAAAAUACUAAUUCCUGUCAGUGCGCUCCAGGAUAUAACAGAGUCGAAAAUUCUUGCAAAAAAGCUGUAUCCUUGCCAACUCCAAAUGGAGAUAUCACUUUACCUAAUAACUCGGAGUUAGUAAAUCACCACACAAGUACAUCAAUUUCAGGAGUUUUGAUGUUUAUAUUCAUAAUUUUUAUCAAUAUUAUCAUAGUUGUUUAUGUUGUGAAAAGAUUCAACCUUGUUCAUUGGAUGAGAAAUAAAAUUAAUUCAUGGAAUAGAUCCAAUUAUGAUGAAUUCAUGAUUGGUCGAGAUGUUGAUGAUGAUCCACCUCUGAGAUAAGUUACACUCUCAUAACAGCAAAAUAAAUUCAUUCUUUUGAAAGAACCAAUAUAAUUUUGAAAAAAGAAAAAUGAGACGCAUUCCACUACUAUCUAAUGUAUGUAAGAUUUCUUGUUUCUCAAACUUUAUCCUUGAAUACCCUGUAAUCAUUGAUAGCUACAGAUGAUGCUAUAUUGAUUCGAAAUUUUCUCUUUUUUUUGUCGAUACUCCAGGCAUGAAAACAUUUUAGUUAAUUGUUGUGUAUAAAAUUAUAUCAUGUGAAUAUAUGAAAUGUUUGAUAUUUUUUCAUGAAAACUAUCCUAAUAAAUGAUCAUUGAUAAUAUAAUCAUUAGGAAUCGGUGAUGUAUUUUUUAUAUGAUUGUGAUUGAGUUCAUCUAUAAUAUCUAGUCAAAUCUAGUUAUUAACUUUAUUCUGUUUGUGAUUUUAAAAUAUAAAAAGAGAUAUUAUCAAA